GAAGUGACAAAUAGAAAAGUUCAAGACAAAAUCUAUGAGUAACUCAAAAUCACUCUCUCACACACACAAUCUUAAAAUCUUGAAGCCCCAAGUAAAUAUUUCCUCAAAAGCUUUUCUUAUCAAAAUCAGAUAGCUUCCACCAAGAGUCAAUGGACGCGAAAAUCUCGUCCCAAAAUCAAAAUAACGAAUUACAGGUAUCAGCCACCCUUUACCACCAAUUCAAACUCCCAAAUGAUUGGGUCGUCGUGCGACGCUGCCGCAGCAAACGCGGCAACCGCCGUGGCCAUAAUGACAAGUAUCACUAUGAGCCUGGGGCUGGACAGCGAUUUUGUUCGCUGAUAUCUAUCCAGAAACACCUGAGUGGAGAAACAUCCAAGAGUGCUAAACCUGGCAAUAAAAAAAAUAUACAAAUCGAUCCAUACAUUUUCAAAAGCUGCUCAUUGAUCGAUCUGCCUAAUGGUUGGAUUGUUGAGAAAAAGCCACACGAUAACAUGGAUUAUGCAGGUAUUAUUGACAAGCACUACUUUGAGCCGGAAACUAGGAAGCGAUUCCGUUCCCCGAGUUCUGUUGAGAAAUACCUUACUGAAGGUAAAGAGCACAUAGCUACACUGGAAGCACUAAAAGCCGGAGAUAAUUUUAUUCCUUCCAAAAGCUCCAGUUCUCAGAAGGAACAUGUUUCUAGGAAGAAGGUUGAAACUUCAAUGCUAGAUCCCUCCAGCAUUCCAUCCAAAAUAAAAUGGGUCCUCAGUGGUCCUGGUGGAAUUGUAUGGAAUCCUUUCAUGGACGAUUCUUUGGUCCCGGAAUUCAUAAAGCAAAAAUGGUCCGAGACAUUUGUGUUCUCCAUCAUUGACAGACUUUAAUGGGUUCCAGGUAACUUCUCUCUACAAAAGCUGGGUUUGUGCAGUAUCAACACCAUGGCUUUUGAACUGAUACGGGUUAAUUAAAUAUGUGCUUGAAAUAUGUGCUGACGGACAGCUGACAGUAUGCUAGUGGAACGGCUUGGAAAUUCACUGUCUGAAAGGGUUAGAGUUUGUCCAUUUGGAGUGUUGAAUGGUUUUAGUUGCAUGAGAUUCCAUUACUUUUUCUUGUGUUAGGAAGGGAGUUGAUGAUCUGUGGAUCCAUGUAUCACAGUUACUGUAGUAAAAUGUGCAGAUUCAGGGGAAAAAGGACAAAAACAAAGAAAUCUAUUCUCGAUUCUCAGACUA